AUGGCUAUGAUCAACGUUAAUAUUCUGAAGCCCAUUUCUGUUGGCAUGGCCAAAAAUGAGCUUCCGAAAAUCGCAUUUUCUCUAGGUGCAAAUACUGCGAGCUUUUCUGCUAAACCUGUACAAAAUAGUAUUAUUGCCAAGCCUUGCGAUCAGACUGUGAUUAGGCGGUCUGGAAACUACAGACCUCCCAUGUGGGAGUUCGAUUACAUUCAGACGUUAAAUAGUGAAUACGCGGGAGAUAGUUACGUUGCAAGGGCUUUGGAGCUGAAGAUGCAAGUGAAGAUGAUGCUUGAUGAAGCAGUAGAGCCACUUGAACAAUUGGAAUUAAUUGAUAACUUACAAAGGCUGGGAAUAUCUUACCAUUUUGAGGAUGAAAUUAAGCAAAUGUUGACAAUCAUUAACAAAAAAUAUAGCAAAAAUCAUGAGCCAGAGAUUAAGGAUCUAUAUGCUACAGCUUUGGAAUUCAGAUUACUAAGACAACAUGGCUUUACUGUUUCUCAAGAGGUGUUUAAUUGUUUCAAGAAUGACAAGGGUGAUUUCAACCCAAUCCUUCGCAAUGAUACAAAGGGAUUGCUACAAUUGUAUGAAGCUUCAUUCCUGUCAACAGAAGGUGAAACUACCCUGGACAUUGCACGAGAAUUCACCAUGAAACAUCUUAAAGAUCAGCCAAGUGUUGAUCGAGAUUCCGCUCUAUUGGUGCACCACGCCUUGGAGCUCCCGCUGCAUUGGACCAUACCUCGAGCAGAGGCGUGGUGGUUCAUAAACGUAUAUGGGGAAAGAUCAGACAUGAAUCCAAUUCUUCUUGAGUUUUCUAAUCUGAAUUUCAACAUUGUUCAAACAACAUAUCAGCAGGAGUUAAAAAAUGUCUCCAGGUGGUGGAAAAGAACAGGUCUAGCUGAAAAGUUGCCAUUUGUGAGGGAUAGGCUGGUGGAAUGUUUCUUUUGGAAUAUCGGAAUACUAUUUGAACCUCAAUAUGGAUUGUUUCGAACUGUGUCAACAAAGGUCUUUGUUUUAAUAACAAUCAUAGACGAUGUAUAUGAUGUGUACGGAACGUUAGAAGAAUUGGAGCUUUUUACGGACGCAGUUGAGAGAUGGGAUGUCAAUGCAAUCGAGCAGCUUCCAGAAUACAUGCAAAUUUGUUACCUAGCACUCUACAACUUCGUCAAUGAACAGGCUUACGACAUUCUCAAAGAAAAAGGGCUCGUGAUAAUUCCAUAUUUAAGAAAAGCGGUAUCGCUUAUUUGCUUUAUAGAUAUCCAUUCUUAG